AUGUCCUCUCACCACCGACCAUUACUACAAUUAGCACCCUCGGUGCAGACAACAAAAGUUGUGACGACCACUACCACCACUACCACCUACGCGCCCAUCCCACUGCCUCCCCUCCCCGCGCCCUCGUCGCCCAAAGACCCAAAGACAUACCCACUCCUCAAUGCCCAUCUACCGAAGUCACUGCGAGAAUUCCGGUUGGAGUUUCCCGGCGGAGCCAACGCCACGUUUCGCGAUGGUGAGGUUGGCGAACAAGCGAUGCCUGAGGAAGGUGAGGUCGUCGGUGGCGCGCACUGGCGGAUGCUACGGCAUGACGAAGAUGGAGAGGCUGCGAAAGAGGUAGGCCUCAUUGAAGCUAUCGAACGCUAUGGUCGAAAGAGGUCGUACAGCAACGAGGACAGGAUGGAGGGUAUCGAGACGAUCUCCGGCGUCGUGACCAACACCCCGCCACGAAAGAGGGCGAAACCUGCACCGCUGCAACACAUUCCUCCUAUGAAUGCAGCCGCUCCCCCAUCGCCUCUUCCCUCACCUCAUGGUUCACCACCACCAGAGAGUAUAUGGCCAUCCGCUCCGCCCAGUGGACACUCCUCACCCCAGCCACCCCAGGCGCCUAUACAACCUGACCUCUCCCUCACCACUCUGUUGGCCCUCCCCGCAUUGCUCUCUCAUUACUCCAACCUCCCUCCGCAAUUACAGUCCCAUGUACUGCUCACCUUCCUUCGCCACUCUCCGUUGUCGGUCCUACGAACAUUGCAUUCCAUCUUGACACCCACAUUGGCGCGCGACUUCCUCACCAUCUUACCGCCAGAACUGGUCUCGCAUGUUCUGAGCUAUCUCAGCUUCUCUGACCUCGCUCGCGCGUCCCGCGUCUCGAAGGCCUGGCGCGCCAUCAUCGACUCCGACCCUGUCCUCUGGCGUGACUUGCUCCGCAGCACAAAGAUAUGGUUUGGGCGUGGCUCUGAGAUUGCAUUUGCGGAUGCCAUCUUCGCGCGCAGGCGACGUCAAGGAUUGCCUGCGCCUGGUGCACUGCCUCUACCCCAUCCGUACAAGAUCCUAUUUAAAUCACGACACCUUACUCGGACGCGCUGGGUGCAAAACCAGAACCCGAAGCGUAUCACAUUCCCUGCGCACGGGCGUUCGGUAGUAACAUGCCUGAUCUUCUCUCAUGGACGCAUCAUCUCCGCCUCGGACGAUCACUCCAUUCACGUCUACUCUCCUGCUACGGGAGAGCUGCUGCGCUCACUGGACGGUCAUGAAGGGGGCGUAUGGGCGCUCGCGGCAACCAAGAACACGCUCGUGAGUGGGUCGACCGACCGGACGGUGCGUAUCUGGGAUCUGGAGACGGGGCGCUGCACCCACGUGUUCGGCGGGCAUACGAGUACAGUGCGAUGUCUAGCGAUAGUCAAGCCGGAGAUGAUUGACGUUGAGAACGAGGGCGGUGUCAUAACACGAGAGAAGUGGCCAAAGCGUCCCCUUAUCGUGACCGGUAGUAGGGACCAUUCGCUCCGAGUGUGGUCGCUACCAAAGCCUGGAGAUGACGAGUACCGUUGCUACGGAGCGGACGACAACGAGGUUGACCCUUCUGAAGAGGACGUGGAAGACAACCCGUACCACAAGCUCCAUCUCGAAGGACACGACCAUGCUGUCCGUGCACUUGCAGCACGAGGUCGAACGCUUGUUUCCGGUAGCUACGACUGCACCGUCCGGAUCUGGGACAUCAUCACGGGCACUUGCAAGUGGGUCCUCGUUGGCCAUACACAGAAAGUGUACAGCGUGGUACUGGACAUUCAUCGCAACCUCGCGUGCUCAGGGUCUAUGGACGGCACCGUGCGAGUAUGGAACCUCCAGACUGGCCAAUGUCAACAUACUCUGACAGGGCACACGUCUCUCGUCGGUUUGCUCGGUCUAUCGCCGUCCUACCUUGUCUCCGCCGCUGCCGACUCAACACUGCGCGUAUGGAACCCGGACACUGGAGAACAUCACCAUACACUCGCAGCCCACAACGGCGCCAUCACGUGCUUCCAGCACGACGAGUUCAAGGUGCUCAGUGGAAGUGAUGGCACGCUGAAGAUGUGGGACAUCCGGGACGGCUCGCAGGUGCGCGACUUGCUGACCGGCAUCGUCGGCGUGUGGCAGGUCGUUUUCGAGGGCCGGUGGUGCGUGGCUGCGAGCAACCGGAUGGAUUCUACCGUCCUGGACGUGUGGGACUUUGCGAACGAGGAGGGCGACGAGGAGUGGGUAGGUGAACCACCCGGCGGGCUGUACGAUGAAGAUAGUGACGAGGAAGAGGAAGAGGACGAGCAAGCGGAGGUGGAUGCCAUGGACCAGGACCUCGAUGGUGAUUUGUACAUUGCUACAGAGGAAGAGGAUAUUAUGGCGACGUGGAUGCAUACACCCAAGAAAGCGGAGGGUCCGGGGCCUUCCAGCCGGGCGUCAGCCAUGUCAGCAUCGCCGUUCGAAGGUGACGGCCCUGCCAUGCAGGAGGCCGCCGCAAGAGCUGCAGCACAAUUGCUAGUCGGCGGUAGUGGCGCUGGCCCAUCGACUUUGGCACGUCUACCUCCGUCCAACGAAGAAACACCAACGCGGCCGCGGAUACGAAAUAUGGGGCAUCGCAGGCGGUGACCUGCUACGCAUACCUCGAUGAUGAUACCGCACCUUGAACCUCACUCGCAUAUACUGUAUUUAUGGCCCUCGCAUUACCCUCCGUUCUGAAUCAGUCAUGUCUUGUGCAUAUGUUGGGCUUUGUCACGAUCUUUUCUGUGAUAUUAGUGUACUGGGACAUCUUCCGUGAGAUGUUCUGUAUGGAAUAGGAUGUCAUCCAUAAUUUCGAGUUGCCACCCAUAGCAUGUGUAUAUCCACCGCGGUGGUAACUUAUGAUCGUUCCGUGUGGGUAUUCCUAGUAGCCACGAAUAGGCAGCGCAGGAACGAACUACUGUAGGCAUAGGAUUGUGGCGUAAACACACAGAGAGGGCAUUUAUACACUGGGUUCGAUCCAGGCCUGUAGAACAAGCUUUACAUCGCCAUUCUUCUCGACCAACAGCUUCUCAGCCUGACUCCGAGUAAUCUCCAGCUCGUGCAC